CAAAGGAAAACAAAACAAUUUUUCUUCACAAAACGCACACAUAUAAACCUAAAUUUCUUCAAAAAAUUCACAUACACUCUCCCUUCUACAUACAGAAAGAUAAAAUUUCUCCACGAAGUGCACAAACAGGCCUAAAAUUGGGAAUAGAACUUUUUUCGCUAGAAAAUUUACACAGAUUUUGAAACAGCGACAGUUAAAGUCGGCGACCAAGGGUUUUUUUGGUUAUACAGAAGAUUUUCAGGGUAUAUUUAUUUCAUUAUUAUUGAUUGGAGGAUUGAGGGCUAGUCUAUUAAUUGACAUUUGAUACGUACGGACUGUUUCCUUUUGUUUUCUGAUAUUUUCUGCACUGCUAAGGGAUCAAAUCUUUGGAUUAUUUCUGGGAUUUUGGGAUUCUUUCGUUAUCGUUGGUUAGUUUGGGAGUCUAGGGUUUGAUUUUCUCCCUGCUUUCCAUCUGGGAUUAGUUUUGUUGAAAAUUACGCUGUUUUGGGAUAUUCACUGCACGGAUUAGGAUUAAAUUUUAGUGGGCUGUUUAUCGAAUUUUCUGGUUACUGAGAUACGUCAUUCUUCUUCCGUCGCUUUCUUGAACAUUAAGGCCUUGACAAGCCUUUGUUAAUAUGGAUUCUGGGCUUAAAGAGUUUAGUAUUCAAUCACUUGAUUAGAGUUUUCUUAUUGACAUGACAUUCUAAAUUGUAUAAACAGAGAAUUCUGAUUCUUCCAUCGUAACUUUUGUUCUUUGGAGGAAUUGUUGGAUUUUAUGAAAUUUGGUUGAUGUGCUGCUGGCUAGUGAGUUUUAAGUAGCACAGUAUGGGCUUUGGCUUUGAGAAAUCAAGUUAAUUUAUAGUAAAUUUUGAAAAUAUUAAACAUUUUGGAUUGACGUUGUCUAAACCGCAUUCUGUUUUGUUGGGGGUGGGUAGAAGGUGCUGCAUUUAUCAAUCAUCUGCACGUGCCUCUGUCUAAGUGGUCAUUAAUUUGAGGAAGACAAGUCAGUUUUCUUUCCAUUUAUUCCUUUAUAUGAUAAUGUUUGAUACUUGUUAUGGAAAGAAGUGAGCCUACAUUGGUUCCGGAAUGGUUGAAAAAUGGUGGAAGUCUGACUGGUGGCAGCAUUACAUCACAUUCAGAGAGUCAAGCUACAUCAAAUCUUGCAAGAAAUAAGUCAUCUGUGCAUAGCAACGGCCAUGAUUCAAGGCGAUCAUAUGGUUCUGAUAGAACCACUUCUUCAUAUUUCCACCGGAGUUCUAGUAGUAAUGGUUCUGGUCGUUUGAUGUCUUCCGGUAGUUUUGGUAGAAAUCACCCGGAUAGGGACUGGGAAAGGGACAUAAAUGAUUCUUGUGACAAAGGAAGGCCUGUUUUGGGGGACUAUAGGCACAGAGAUUUUUCAGGUGUUUUUGGGAACGAUUUGCCGAGUAAAUAUGAGAGGGAUGGGGUGAGGCGUUCACAGUCUAUGAUUUCUGGGAAACGUGGGGAGACAUGGUCAAAGAAAGUUGUAACAGACUUGAGCAGUGCCAACAGACACAACAAUGGCUUGCUCACUGAGGGCAGUCCUGUUGGCAGUGCAAACAAAGCUGCUUUUGAGAGAGAUUUUCCAUCCUUGGGAGCAGAAGGAAGACCAAUCACUCCUGAGGUUGGAAGAGUCCCAUCUCCUGUCUUGAGUAAUGCCAUUCAGAGCUUACCCUUUGGCACCUCAACUGUGAAAGGUUGCGAAAAGUGGACCUCAGCAUUGGCAGAGGUUCCCUUGAUAGUUGGUAUUAAUGGAAUUGGCACGUCAUCUUUGCAGCAAUCCACUUCUUCAAAUUCUUCUUCUGGCACUUUUGGGACAAGUUCUGGUCUCAACAUGGCUGAAACUGUGUCUCAGAGUUCUACUCAUGCUCAGACUACUACUCAGUCAUCAGCUGGAGCUUCAAGACAGGAAGAACUGGCAUUCAAACAAUCUAAGCAGCUAAUUCCCAUGACACCAUCCAUGCCGAAAACCUUGGUCUUGAAUUCUUCAGAUAAACAGAAAUCUAAGGUUGGCCAACAAUAUACGCUGGCAUCUUCACUUCCUGUUAGUCACUCUCCACGCGGAGCUCCUGAGAAGUCUGACAUUUCAAAAACGUCUAAUGUUGGAAAGCUCCAUGUUCUGAAGCCAGUGCGAGAGAGAAAUGUCGUCUCUCCUUCUGCCAAGGAUAACUUAAGCCCAACAAGUGGUGGCAAAAUCUUGAAUUCCUCUCUUCUUGUUGCUCCGUCGGGUUCUGGAUCUGCAGUGACUAGGGGCCCACCAAACAACCCCAUUAUUCCUGGUGCCAAUCGCAAGCCUAUAUUGACUGUGUCGGAGAAGAAAUCGACUUCCCAAGCUCAAAGUCGAAAUGAAUUUUUCAACCUUAUGAGGAAGAAAUCUUUAGCAAACUCGUCUCUCGUUCCUGAUGCAUCCACGGCAAAUCCAUCUCCCGUUCAUGAUCCAUCUAUGGCAAACUCCAUGAACAUUCCUGAUCACGGUGCUACAGAGUUGAUAUCUGUUUUGGAUAAGCUUGGUGAACUACCUGAGGUGGUGGCUUCUAAUACUCCUCGUGCAGUUGAUGCCCUGUCAUCUAUUAGCUUGAGUGAGAGCCAUAUGUCCGUGGACAGAGGUGAAUCGACCUGCAAUACUGAUGCCUGUAAUGGGCAGAAAUAUGUUAGCAAUGGAAAAGAAAGCUUAAGCAUUGGUCCUAUAUUUCCAGAGGAGGAAGCCUUUUUACGAUCUAUGGGAUGGGAGGAAAAUGCUGAUGAGGGUGGUCUUACUGAAGAGGAAAUUAGUGCUUUCUACAGAUAUAUAACUAACAAGUACAUCGAUCCAAGGACGUCACUGAAAAUAUUACGAGUAAAGCCGAAGUUUUUAUUGACUCUUGGCUCGGAAUUUGGGACUGGUGAUAACAUUUCUUCUGGAUUGAGUUCAUCUGACACUAUUCUGGAAUCUUGAUAUGCUGGAAUCAUUUAUGUUUCUUCGAUUGACAUUGAGAUUAAAAACUGCCGUAGCAAAAUAGAUGCUCAAAGUAGAUGCUGGUGAGUUGAUGCUUUUGCUGGUGUUAUGAAAGUGGAAUAGGAAUAAGUAGCUGAUAGUUCCAGUCCCGAUAUUGAUUUCUGUUGAUAGAUGCCAGCAAUUCGGUUCAAGAAUUUUCUAUAGUUCGGACGUGGAGUAGUAGAGAAUAGAAUAGGUUUAUCAAGCUCCUCAAAGUCAUUGCAUGUUGUGCAGAUUCUAGGCUUUUUAACAGGGGAUUUCCAAACCAUCCUGGUUUCUUUUGUUGGUUGAAGAUAGAAAAGAAAAAUAAUUUACUUCACUUGGAUUCUCGUCUUCA